CCCUCAAUAAAAAAAAUAAAAAUCCUAGACCCCUUUUGCGUCGUCUUAAUAGCUUCCCUUCAAUUUCUUUUGAAUUCCGUCAUCGACGAGAAAUGAAGACAAAAUCGAGGUUACAUAAGCGAACGAAGGAUGGCCAAACUAUUAAAGAUCCCCCCUCACACUCUCUUGCAUAUGAAGAGACCUCUCUUCCACCCACCUCUCAGUCCCGUCGAUAUCUCUCCAGUUUCGCGUGCAAUACAAAACAAAUAACCGAACUUUCGCCCAAUGCGGACGAACAGUUUGUUUCGCCCAAGCGAGCCAGGUCAGACUCCAGCGGAACAGAUUUGGGAGGCGGUGCUCUCUCAGAACGGCGCCAUCCAUCGACAAGAUUCGACGUCUCGUGUCGCACCGAAGAUUCUGUCGACGCCUGCGACGAAAACCGUCUCGGGCAUACUGGAUCUGGUCUCCAAACUGAGAUGGACGACGAGGCGAGACUGCGAAAAGGCAGAGAGUACAUCAGCAGGCUCGUCCAGGAGCUAAAACAGGACCAAGGGCAGUUGAGUGAAGUGGCUAUUUCUGAAAAGAUUUAUCAAGACACUCUGAAGAAAAAGGGGAUCAUACCUUAUCGCAAGGUAGCGAGUCAACUGGAAGGAGUGGACAUGAACGGAUUGAGGGUGCAGAGACUGAGAGGGCACAAGUUGCCGGUGACGGCGGCGGUGAUAACUGAGGACGAAGAAUGGAUUGUGUCCGCGGGUAAAGAUGGGCGCAUUGUCAAAUGGGAUACGAGAACUGGAAAAAAAGUGGCGAUUUUAACAGCUGCCGAAGAAAAGGGACACGUGAAAAAGGUGUUAGUGUUGGCGGUGUCGUCUGACGGCAAGUUAUUGGCGUCGGGAGGUGAGGACAACAAGGUGAGUAUAUGGAACAUGAAGAGUGGAGAGUUGAAGGAUACGCUGAAAGGGCACAAAGAGGCGGUAUCGGGGUUGGGGUUUCGAAGAAAGAGUCGAGAUUUAUACACGGCUAGUUUUGAUAGGACGGUUAAGAUAUGGGAUUGUGAGGAAAUGGCAUACGUGGACACGCUAUUUGGCCAUCGAGGACCAAUUCACGCGUUAGACGUAUUAGACCAGGAGAGGUGUGUGACGUGUUCUCAAGACAGAACGGUUGCGGUGUGGAAGGUGGCAGAACAAAUUAGUUUGGAACUGAUUGGUCCGAAGUACUCGAUAGAAUGCGUUUCGUUGUUGACUGAGGAUCGGUUUGUUUCCGGAACACAAGACGGGGCAAUACAAUUAUGGACGUCGAGCAAGAGAAAAUACGAAUAUCAAGUUGAAAGCGCGCACGGUGCUGGGACAUCUGAGCAUCCGAAUUGGAUUACGGCCGUGGCGUGUAUGAGGUUUACUGAUUUGUUUGCAAGUGGAAGUGCGACAGGAGAGAUUAGGUUUUGGAGGGUUGUAUUUAAAGGAGGCGAGGAGUCGGCUAGGAGGUUUGAGUUGGUCAACUGUAUGCGAGUUCCUGGCGUGAUUAAUUCGCUUCAGUUUUCGAAUUCUGGGUCUAAGUUGGUGGUCGGAGUGGGUCAAGAGCAUCGGUUUGGAAGGUGGUUCAAGGUCCAGGAAGCGAAGAACGAGGUUUUGGUUAUUGAUUUGCCUGUUAUCAGAGGAUAAAAGGAGGCUUUUAGAAGCAGCGGAGGGGGGUUAAAGGGGGGUUUUUGGGCUCGCUCGAAUAUUUUUGACAUGUUUUGUACGCAAAUUUCGCAUUCUUUUAAUGAAAAGGGGGUGGAUGGUCAUAUCCACCCGAUGAGUUCGUGGACUUGUUGUAGGGUUUUGGAGGCGAUUUGGUUUGCUCGAUCUGCGCCGCGAAGGAGGAUGUGUUGGAGGUGAGCCUCUUCGUUGCGAAGUGAGUGUAUUUUUUUGGAGAUGGGGUCGAGUGUGGAGGCGAUGGCGUCGGUGAGGGAGCGUUUGAAUGUGAGUGUGUCAUGGUGGGCGUGACGUUGAGUGAUAGCGUCGAUGGGUUCAUGAGAGAAGGCGGAAUAGAUACGGAGGAGGUUGGCGAGUUCUGGUCGGCGAGAGGGGUCAUAUUCGAUCCCUCCGAGAGAGUCGGUUUUAGCGCGUUGGAUUUUGAGCGAGAUGGUAUCGACAGAAUCGGAGAGGUGGAUGCGGCUGAGGGGGGACGGGUCGGACUUACUCAUUUUUUUCGUGGCGUCUCGGAGGCUCAUGAUUCUUUUGGAGGGAGUGUGAAUGGUUUGAGGAAGCGGAAAGAAAUCGGGUUGGUUGAGGGAUGCACAGAAGGUUCGAUUGAAUUUGGAGGCUAGAGUUCUGACGAG